AUGAAUGAAGAAGUAGAUGCAUCACAAACCAAGAGAAGAAGAUUUUCAAUGGUUGAUGUAAAUUAUGUCUCUGAAUCAGAGAAUUCCGAUAAUUACGAGUCAGAUGCUUCAGAUUAUUCAAGUGACAAUAAUUCAGAUUAUUCAGAUAGUGAAAAAAGAAGAAAAAAGAGAGUAGUAAACAACAACAAUAAUAAUACAAAAAAAACAACAACAGUAACAAAUACAAAACAAUCAUCAACCCAAUCUUUAAAAUCAAAUAAUAAAAAAUCAUCUACAUCUUCAAAUAAUAAAAAAUCAUCACCAAUUAAAAAGAAAAAACAAAGUAAAAAAGUUGAAGAGGAUGAAGAGGAUGAAGAUGAGGAAGAUGAAGAAGAUGAUGAAGAUGAAUUUAACUUACCAAAUGUUUCAGUUGAACAAAGAAAAAAAAAACAAAAACAACAAGAACAAGAAAGUAGUAAACUAUUGGAAGAAACAGAGAAAUUAUUAAAACAACCAUCAGUUAUACCUUGGACAUCUAAAAAUGUAUUAAAUAAUGGUACAUCUAAAGAUGAUAAAAAAAAUGUUGAUACAAAAUUAUUAUUCUCAUUCUCAUCAAGACAACCCAAUGGUAAUGGUACUAAUGGUACUAAUGGUAUCACCUCUCCACCAUCACAAAGAUUAGCAUCAAUUAAAAAACCAUUUGGUGGUGAAAUUAAAAAUGAUUAUUUUUCAAAGUUUUUAUAUACAGGUCCUUCAACAGUUACAAGUGUUUCAUCUUCUUUAUCUUCAAAACCAACACAACAACCACCAACAAAACCAACAACAACAACAACAACAGACACUACUACCACUGCAACACCAAAAUCACCAAAAUCUCCUUCAAUAAAAUCAUUACCAACAACAACUACUACAACAACAACAACAACACCAACAACACCAAAAAUAGAUUCAUCAACAUCAACACCAUCAAUUGAAGAUGGCGAAGAUGAUCUUUGUGGUAUUGAAAUAGAAGAGUUUAAGGAUAAAAAGAAAAAAGUAGAAAAUGAUAAAAUUACAAAGGAUAUUUUAGGUCAAGUUGAUAAAUUACUCAAGAAAGAAACCAAGAAAGUCGAUGAUAGUGACACUGAAGAUGACGAAGAAGAAGAGGAAGAAGAAGUUUUAUUUGUAAACAAAAAGAGAAAAUCGAAUCCAUUAGAUGGUAGUAGUACACCAACUAAACCAAAAUCAAAACCAAAACCAAAGAAAAUUAUAAUUGAAGAUGAUAGUGAAACUGAAGAUGAAAAAUCUCAAAUAAUUGAAAUUGAUGAUGAAAAAGAAGAAGAAAAACAAGUUGAACAAGUUGAACAAGUUGAACAAGUUGAACAAGUUGAACAAGAAGAAGGAGAAGAAGAAGAAGAAGAAGAAAUUGAAUCAGAACCAACUAUUGAAAGAUUAAUUUAUGCAUGUGAAUGUUUUUCAAAGAGAAUGCUUGAAAUUUUAUCAAAUGCAGAAGAUUCAACAAUAAAUACUACUACCACUGCCGCUACAACUUCAACAACAACUACAACAACAAUAAUAAAUAAUAAAAAAGAUAAAAAAAAUAAUAAUAAUGGUCCAACAUUUAGUCAUAAAUUAGUAGCACAACCAAAAAUUAUAAAUAAGGUAAUGAGAAAUUAUCAAUUAAUUGGAUUAAAUUGGAUGGCAGUAUUAUAUAAAGAGAAAAUUAAUGGUAUAUUAGCGGAUGAAAUGGGUUUAGGUAAAACGGUUCAAACCAUAUCAUUAUUAGCACAUAUAAAAGAGGCAUAUAAUGAUAAUGGACCUCAUUUAGUGGUGGUACCAGCAACGAUUUUAGCAAAUUGGGAGAGAGAAUUUCAAACAUGGUGUCCAUCAUUAUCAAUCGUUAGAUACUAUGGUAACCUUAGGGAGAGAGAAGAACUUAGAUAUGAAUUAAAGAAAAAGAGACCUGGUAAAGAUUUCAAUGUGAUCUUAACAACCUAUAAUCUUUUAUUUGCAAAUAAUGAUAGAGGUUUCCUAAAGAGAUUUGAUUAUAGUUUUUUAAUAUUGGAUGAAGCUCAAAAUAUAAAGAAUUCAGAUUCAAAACGUUAUAAGAAUAUAUUCAAAAUCGGAGCACAUCAUAGACUACUAUUGACAGGUACACCAUUACAAAAUAAUCUCUAUGAACUUUGGUCAUUAUUAAAUUUCUUAAUGCCACAUAUCUUUGGUUCAGUAAAGAAGGAUAAUUAUCUAUUGAACCAAUUGUUGGAAUAUAAUGGUGAUGAUUGUGAUAGUGCUAUCACUAGAAUGAAGAAAAUCCUAUCACCAUUCAUUUUACGUCGUUUAAAAUCAACAGUCUCUAAAGAAUUAAAACCAAAGAUUGAACAUGUUGAAAUUUGUAAAUUACCAAAAUUUCAAGAUGAAACCUAUAAAAAUAUAAUUGAACGUUCAAAAUCUCAAUGGAAAUUAAGAAAUGAAUUACUUUUAAAAAAAGAAAAAGAAGAAAAAGAAAAAGAAAAACAAUCAUUAAUUAAUAGUAGUAAUAGCAGUAUUAAAAAGAAAAGAAAAACUUCAAGUAUUUAUAAAAAUAAUAAAAUAGAAAAGGAUGAAAUUAUUGAAAUUGAUGAUGGUGGUGAUGAUGAUGGUUUAAUUGAUUUAACAAAAACAAAUGAUGAAAAAGAUAUGGAAUUAUCAAUUAAGUUAAAAUCAAAUGGCUCAGGUCAAUUUGUAUUAAAUAAUAUCUUAAUGCAAUUGAGAAAAGCUGCAAAUCAUCCAUUACUUUGUAAGAAUAUCUUUUAUAAUGAUAAUCAAAUUCAAGAUAUUGUUAAUCAUUUAGCAACCAAAGAUAAGGAUUGGUCCGAUUAUAGGAAUGAUAUACCAUCAUUGAAAGAGUUAUUCGAUACUUACUCUGAUUAUGAUGUAUUUAAAACAGUUUGUGAACAUGAAGAUCUAGGUGAUAAAUAUUGGAUACCAGAUGAACAAUUCAUUGAAACCUCUACCAAAUGUUUAAAAUUAAAAGAAAUUCUUGCAAAAGAGAUUGGCGUUAAUAAAUCAAAGGUAUUAAUUUUCUCACAAAUGACAAGAGUUUUGGAUAUAUUAGAGGAUGUAUUGGAUAUUUUUGGUUAUAAUUUCACUCGUUUAGAUGGUUCAACACCAGUUAAUGAACGUCAAUCUAUCAUUGACCAUUUCUCAUCAAAAGAAACUAUACCCGUGUUUUUACUCUCAACAAAUUCUGGUGGUUUAGGUAUUAAUUUAACAUGUGCCAAUGUUGUCAUCUUUUAUGACCUCUCAUUUAAUCCUCAAGUUGAUCGUCAAGCAGAAGAUCGUGCUCAUCGUCUUGGUCAAGAAAGAGAGGUUAUCAUCUAUAAACUCUUGGCUGAAAAUACUGUUGAUAUCAAUAUUCAUGAAUCUGCAAAUCAAAAAAAGAAAUUAAAUGAUAAUGUUUUGGAAGAAGGUACUUUUAAUAAUGCUGAAACUAAAUUACAAUCUAAAAAUAUUUUAAAAAUUUUAGAUUCAAUUUUUAAAUAA